UGGAUCUCAACCCAUCCAGGUUCUCUUCGCCUGCUGCCGCCGCCUAUCGCCUCCACGCGAGCCCUCCUCCCCGCCGCCGCCACGGCUCUCUCUCCUGCUCGCCCCAAACCUCAUCGCUCCUCCCCCUCGCAGCGUGGCGGCCUCGGCCUGCAACGAGGAUGAGGAUGGCGCAGGCGCCAGCGCUCUCACGAGCGCGAGUCUCACAGCCAUGGCGCUUCCGAGUACUGCUACGGAGGAGGCCUGUAAGAGCCGGUGCUGCGGCGACUCGCUGGUGGCGGAUCUUCAUAAAGGGAGGACGAGGGAGGCCUCAGUAGGGGCUACUCAUCAGGCUACAGGGGCAGCAUGCCGUGUGCGGAGACUCUCCUCCACAUCUUCUCAGUCGCUUCAGUGGGAUCCCCGAGAAAGAAAGAAUAUGAAGGACCUAGAGGAAGCGUUUGAUGAUUGAGGAGCCAAGCCCACAAGACCAACAAAUUCAAGCCAGGUUUACGACACCAAGAGGUCUACCUAGAAGGGGUGCUCAACUCGCACCUAGGAACAUCAAGAAGCAGAACUGGUUCAUGAAUCAUUUGAAGACAUGUAUCCAGGCAAGAUCAAGGACAAGACUAUUUGGCGAGGAGUUUGGGGAGUUGGCCAUUACUGUCAAAAACUUGGUUGUUUGGGCAUGUCAUGAAGUAGGACUAUUAUGGUUUAGAUGUUUGCUUCAUGCCACCGGCCUUUUGUUGCAAUUCUUAGAGUUGAUUAAAAUUGUAGUGCUCCUUUUCUUUUAUCAUGAUAUGGUUACUGUUUAGUUUCUGAAUUUUGCAUUUGGAUUUGUAGUUCUUAUGAGGUAUUGGAUUUAUAUCAGAUCAAAAUUUCACUUGUUACACUUUAUAUUUUCUAUUAUUUCUCGUAUGCCUUUUAAUUUUCUUCGUUACUGAUAAAUAAAUUGCUACCUUUCCAUAUUUAUCUAAUAUUUCAUUCAAUUUAUGUAUUAAUACAAAAUUUUCCUUUCAGCAACAGCAAGACAAGCAAGAACACAGCCUCCAAAUGUUGGUCUUUAUUUGUGGUCCAAUAUGCGUACGACACCAGAACAGGUGCAUAAGUUUUGUCAAGAUACCAGCAGGAUUGGCUGGGUAGGUUCUGAUGGAGUCAUGGAAUAUGUAACAACAUUGACCGUAAGCUCCGCUAUGGGAAUUUAUUGCCACAAUUGGUUCAACUUUAACCUUGACUAAUCCUCCUUAUUAUCAUCUCUUCUCAUCAAGUCCAGGCUAUGUUUCGCAAUGUAGUAGGCCUAUUAUAUGUAUGGUCUCCUUGAUUUGGUGAGUUACCUUUUACUUGGUUAAUUGUAGUUCGAUGGUCUGGGAGAUACUUAUAUGUACUCUGGAACUCUCUCUGCACGUGUUUUUUCAGAAAUUUUAUCAACAUCUUUGCGGGAAGCAUGGAAGUAUCAUAUUAUUUUUUAACUCAUUUUCUUAUAUGACUUCUCUCAACUGAUUAAAGCUGAAUUACUUGCUCUUGUAUUGUAUUUAACCACUUAAUUGGUAUUUUUGCUGCAUGGAUUUGUCCCAAAAGCUGAUUUCUCAUUAUCUCCAUUUUGAUUCAAUGCUAUCAAGGAUUCUAAGAAAACUAGAGCCAGAUAUGUAUGAGUGCAUAAUUACACGGGUACCAACCAGUCAUACUCUAAUGCAUUCUUGAGGAAACCCCCAGAGUUGAUCUUCCAUAUCGGUAUAAAAGCUAAGAUGCUAAAUGAUAAGAUCUAUAUUUGUUCAGAUGCCUGUUCUUAAAGUUACCCUCCACAUGUAGUAGUGUCAUCUCCGCCGAUAAUCAGGUGCUGGUAUUGUUUGACAAUCAUAUAAUUUAUCCAAUUGUGCAUCAGGCUGUAGGCUAAUUUUGUACAUGGUAUGCCUCAAAGUGAAUAUCACCAUAAAACUCUGUUGAUAAUAAUACAGUUGUUUUCUGCAGUUUACAUUAGAGCUUUCAUAUUGAAUAGAUCAUUGAUGUUGGUUUCAGGUUUCUCGACCGCUGUAUUAAUUGAUUUUCUAUGAUGUCAAUUGUUAUAGUGAUCAAUUUAUUUGCUGUGAUGCGAUAUCUGAAUAAUCUUCUAUCUUUCACAAGUAGAAAUUGAUAUGCCACUUUAUUUGGAUUUUUUCUCAUGUGUAGUACACAAUAGUGCAGGUAUUUGUUUGUACUGAAACUUUGUUUUUUGUAGGAUCAAAUGAGUAUGAAACAACACAGUUAUGGUGAUCCCUAGAGCCUUAAUUGUGAGCUUACUUCCACGUCAAAAAUCAGAUAUGGCUAGCUGUGACUGCAUGAAACAUCAUUCGUUAAAUCAUGCGGGUAAAUGUAAUUUAUUGGAUUUCUUUUAGCAAGACGCGGCUGGUUGUGGGGUUUGAGAUGAUUUUUAUAUCAAAAUGCACAAGAGAGCAAUCAGCUUAGUUCAGCUUGCCGGAUUUGCUCCAGUGAAGUUCUGCAGUACCAUCAUCACCAGAUUCUCAAGCUACUGAAAAGAGAUAUCUCAUACAUGCCAGAUGGAAUCCUAAUCAGUGAGGACACCUAAUGUUUGGACCUGAUGAUGGUUCUAUGAGCGAACAACUUCAGUGGCACAUGUGAUGUUAUUUUGAUCUAAGGUUCCACCCGAAGUGCAAAAUCUGUCUUAUCAUGGAAAAGGUAAUGAUGUUAUAUUGGUUCGGUGCAGAGCUUUCUUGUUUGAGGUUGGAGCAGGAGCCUCUUGUGCCCUGGAACGUUAAAUGCGUGUUUUUUUCUCCUUUAGAUUUAUUCAUCGAGUGUACCACAUGGUAUGCCAUAAUAAGGAUUAGCUUUUACUUCAAUGUUGCAAAAUUACUAAAUAUUUGUACUACCUAUUAAGAUCUGUUUAUAUAUAAAGAAGUAUGGAUCAAAGAUUGGGCAUGACUGGGACGUUGAUUAGGAUGCACCUGACCAGCUAGGAGGCGCCCUAAGGGGCGCCCCAGCCACUAGUGUGUGUAAUGUCCAUGCAUACAAAUGUGUUUAGUACUAGCACAUCAAGUUACAUACUAGUUGUAUUUGUGUGUUUCUAAUUUUACACAAUUAAUGCCAAAGUAUAAAACAACUUUUAAAAAUACAAACAAAUAUUUGACCAUAACUAGAAGUCGAUUUCUAAAUUCUAAAAAGUACCAUAAUCAAGUAACAAAUUAAUAUUGAAACUUAAAUUAAAUUAUUCAUUAAACUAAACUCUUGUAGAUUUUAAUUCAAUUUUAAUACUUUAAAGCUGAUAAAAAUAGUUAACUGAAUUGUAAAAAUGUUGGAAAUAUUAUUUCACCUUAAUCAUGUAAUAAAUAUUUCCAAAAUAAGUUAAAAAUGAUUUAGUAAAAUAAAACCUAGUAUGAGAAUUUUAUUAAAAAAUAGCAUAUGAAAAUAAUUCCAUAAAUAUUAAUUAGUCUUAAAUUAUAUUUGUAAGGAAUGUUUUCCUUAACAAAAAUUGGUAAGUUAAAUCAAAUAUACUUUAGGAAAUUCUUAUACCUUCUCAAACCUAAAUAUGAUAUGAGUUGUUAUAACUCUACAAUGGGAAUUUGUAUCACAUCUGAAGACACAAAAACUUUAACAACACUUUAGGUCAUACUCUUACACAUGUUUGAGCCAAAUGGAAUUGUUUGACUUAAUUUGCAUGACCAUGUUUGAUAAUUACAAGUACGACCUUUAGGAUUAGACCUUAAGUAUGAGGUCAACACUAUACCAUAUGUUAGGAGUAUUAUUUAGGUAUCCUAUAACACCUAACCUUAUACUAGAAAUUUGGAAAUAGCUUGUUAGUUAUAUCAUCCAAUAUUGUUCCAUUAGAAGCAUGGUACCAAACCUAAUAAUCAUUAGCCAUCAACCCUAGUCAUCAAUCUUUGGUAUGAUACCAUUGUGAUCAACCAAAAUAACAACAUGUGUAGUAAUUUCCUCUAGGUGUUUAUGUUCAAUUGAACCCUACAAGUACUAGAGAUUUAUAGACCAUCUUGUUUAGGCACCAGCUAUUCCUUACUUAGUGGAUCCAAUAGCAAACCCUAGGACCCAUAAGACUUAAUUAAAAUGCUUCUUACUAUUUAAGUAAUAUGUUCUUCAAAAUUUAUUCUUUUGAAGUAGAUAUAGAGUAAUCAACAACCCUGCCUAAUAGGACCUAUAAAGCCUAGUUAUCUAUCACCAGUAAGAUAUAACCAACCAUGGUAGCCACCAUUUAUAAUCAAUUGCCUAAUAUACCCUUGCUUAACCAAACCAUGCAAACAUUACAUGACUAGGAACUCAAUCCAACUUUGUUGUGCUCCAUAUAACACAUAAUUAGGAAACUCAAUUGAGAACAAUGGUAAUCAUAGAAGUAAAUAGUUUCUACUUGAAAUACUUAUUACUUCCUAAUUAACAUGUUCUUCAAAAGUUAUUCUUUUGAUGUUUAUAAAUAGUAAUCAUUAACCAUGUCAUAUGAUACUAAAACUAACAACUAUUAGUUACAUGUUAGAAUUAUAUCAAAUCUUAUUGGUGUGUGCUAGUCAAGGUUGGAAAAAGCGUAAUUCAGCGGGCGCCUCCGCGCGCUGAAGCGCUCAGCGGCAGACCAUCGCCUAGCUUUGGGCCUAAUCGGCACUGUAGGCGGGCCAACCGCUUCAGCGGAUAAGGGCGCACGCGUAGGCGCGAGGAGGCGAGCCAAAGCGGCGAGGAGGCGGAGCUCGGCGGUCUGAAGACGAAGCGGCAACAAUUGUACGAGAGAUGAAAUCAGGCGCGAGAAGAACGGCAAGAUUGGGAGUAGAUUGCGGCAAGACGGCGAGAGGAUUUUGGGAAUCCUCCCAGCAAUAUAUAAAGCGGAAAGGAGCCAGAUCAAUCUAGGUUUUGGGGGCAACAGGAAGGGUGGCGGCUUAAACUUUUCGUCGUCGUUUCGUCCUCUCGCCGCCGGAACUUCUUCCUCACCAUCUCAGUGCGACCAAAACCUGAGGAUGUCUGCGAUGAAUGCAACAACAUCAUAGCAAGAAAAUGUUCUGAAGAGGAAGUCAGAUGAUGUAGGAUGGGAGUAUGGGAGUCUAAUUGAUCCUUCCAAUUUGGAUAAAGUGAAGUGUUUGUUUUGUAACCAUGUGAGCACUGGAGGAAUUUAUCGUUUGAAGCAGCAUGUGGCUCAUGUUAGUAAUGCUGUGGCAAAAUGCAAGAAAAGCUCACAGGAAGCUAAAGAUAGGUGCAAGAAAUCUCUCGAGGAGGCAUCUAAGAAGAGAAGGGAAAAGACUAUCCGUGAGCUAGAGAUUAGAGAUAGUGUGAAUAUUUCCCGUGUUGGGGAUGAAGAAGUUGAUGUUGCUGGAAGAUCGGAACCACACAAGUUAGGUCCGCUUGACAAGUGGACACGUCCUAUUGAUCCUAAAUUGACUCAAGCUGAAGCUCUGCAUCAACAGAAGAUAAACAAGGAACUUUGGAAAAAGAGAACUCAUGAAGUGCAACAGUAUGUGGCUAGAUGGAUGUACAAUCAUGCUAUACCAUUCAACGCUUGUGAUAAUGAUGAUUUCAAGUUAAUGUGUGAAGCCAUUGGGAGAUUUGGCCCCGGAUUUGAGCCACCUUCUAAACAUGACCUUCGGGAGACUUUGUUGAGUGAGGAGCAUGCAAGAGUGAAGAGUUUGCUGCAGGAACGUGAUGCUGAAAAGAUGAAGAAUGGCUGCUCCAUAAUGACUGAUGCUUGGUCAGAUAGGAAGAGGAGAAGCAUAAUGAAUUUGUGCACAAAUUGUGCAGAUGGAUCAAGUUUUAUCAAGUCAAAGGAGAUGUCAGCUGUAUCCCACACAAGUGAAGUAAUAUUUCAGCUAGUGGAUGAAGGAAUUGAGGAAAUAGGCCCAGAACAUGUGGUGCAAGUAGUGACAGACAAUGCCUCGAACAAUAUGGGAGCAAAGAAGAUACUAUUGGAGAAGAGGCCAAACAUGUUUUGGAGCUCUUGUGCGACACACACCAUUAACUUGAUGCUGCAAGGAAUUGGAAACCUUCCAAGGUUCACGAAGGUACUUGACAAAGCAAAAACAUUCACCAUCUUUGUGUAUGGGCACACACGGACCUUGGACUGCAUGCGCCACUUCUCUUCAGGGAAAGAGAUCAUAAGGCCAGGGGUCACUAGAUUUGCUUUUGCUUAUCUAACUUUGGAAAGCCUUCUAGACAAGAAGGAUCAACUAAGGAAGAUGGUUGUUGAUGGUAGAUGGGAUAGUCUGCGAGAAGUUAAAUCAAAAAAUGGUAAGGCGGCAACAGCCACGAUUAUGAGCAUGCCUUUUUGGAAAGAUGUGAAGCUUUGCUUGAAUGUUUUUGAGCCUUUGGUAAAAGUCCUUCGUUUGGUUGAUGGGGAUGUCAAGCCAUCUAUGGGUUUUGUUUAUGGAGAAAUAGUUAAGGCAAAGAAAGAGAUCAAGGAAGUAUAUGGGAAUGUGGCAUCCCGUUACAAAGAUGUGAUUGAUGUUGUUGAGAAAAAGAUGAAAGAUCGACUUGAUUCUCCAUUGCACUUGGCUGCAUACUUGCUGAAUCCUUAUUAUAGUUAUGCUGAUACUAACAUAUUUGAUGAUGGCACAAUAACUGAAGGGUUCAUCAGUUGUGUGGAGACCUUUUAUCAUGGUGAUGAUUCCAAACAAGAUCAAGCUGUAAAUGUGGAAUUGAGGAAAUUCCAGAAUAGAGAAGGAUCAUUUGCAAAAAAGCUCGCGAGAACGUGUCAAAACUUUGAAUAUAAUGCAGCAUCUUGGUGGAAACUCUACGGAAAUGAAGUGCCAACUCUACAGAGGAUGGCUAUUAGAAUCUUGUCAUUGACCUCAGGUGCUUCAGCUUGUGAAAGGAAUUGGAGUACCUUUGAAAAUAUUCAUACAAAGAAAAGAAAUAGGCUGACUACAGAACGCCUAAAUGAUCUAUCUUUCAUACAAUUUAAUUCAAGAAUGAUGGCCAAGAAACAGAUGAUCAAGGAAAAGAAGAUUGUCGAUGUCCUAUUUUCCACCGAAACUACUGAAGCUCAAGGAUUUCUUUUUGAAGGAGGAGAUGAUUGUGCGGUGGUCAUCUAUAGGGAUGAGGACGAGGAAGGGAUGGAUAAUACAGUACCAAUGGAAGUCGAUGAACAACCUGGGCCACGUAGAAGUGCAAGACUAAGACAACUUUAUGAAGCUGAGGAAUUUGAUUCGGAAGAAGAAGAGUUUGAUGAUGAAGAAGAGAAGCAUCCAGAUGAUGCAGAUGACUAUUGAGGAGGUCGUGCAUGAGUUUUUUUUUCCAAUUACUUAAGUUAUGCCUUAUCUUCCUUUUAUGUGUUGAACUAUCACGUGUGAACUUGUGUGGAUCUGUUCCUUUCGAGCUUAGUGUGUAUGGCGCCCAGGUGCUUUUAUACGUUUUACUACAUCUUUCUUAUGAUCUAGCAAAUGAGUACCAGCUCCAUGUGUGAGAACUA